AGUUUACGGUUUUGUAACAUUUUAUAAUGUCUUCAUUGUGUUGUGGUAAUUUAUACGAGACUGCUCAGUCUGCGUUGGCCAAAAACGAUUUAAAAUGCCUUAAUGAGCUUUAUUCUCGUUUAUUGGUCGACGUUCGACCUAUGUUUACUAACGAGCAGCUGUUAGAUAGAAUUUAUGACCCCGACCAUACUCUGUGUCGAAAUUUUGGAGCUGAAAUAUAUGUGCCAAAGCACGCUCAUGACGGAAAGACUUGUACUGCAAUAAGGACACUUAAAAACUAUCAGCGAAGUACCAUGGUUGGGGAACGCUUAAAUGGUUUGGCCUUGAUGCAAAUUCAUCAGGAAAUUGUACCAGAUAUUGGUGUGUAGGCGAACUUCUGGCGCCAUAACCAGUCUGCUUAAUUCGGCUCUCACAGGGCUGUCCAUGCCGGAUCACGAUUUUUUGUUUUGCGUUAAAGUGUUCCUAGGCAUGCUGAUGAGCCCUGAUAUGGGGCGAAACAGUCUUGUGUGCAUUCAAUAUUCUGAAUAGUGAAAAUCAACGACCUUGUGAUAUGUAAGUAUAAAUAUACAAUGUUUUUAUGUAUUUAUACGAUUGAGAUCUACAAGAUUCUGCAUAGCUGAAUGAUUAGACUGUUUGAUUUAAACAAUUUAUCGAAAGCAUAAAUAGUGUAGUAUGUUUUGCAAAGUAUGACGUCAUAGGUUUAGCACUGAAUGACGUCAUAAUGUUUUGCCUAUGGUAUCCAAAAUCCUAGAUCC